CGGUUGGCGCGCAUGGACGGCGAAAUCUAGUCGGUCGGCGUGCGAUUGCGAAGGCGGAGCGUUUUAAUAAUUAAUUAAUAGGCGAGCCCGACCAACCGGACGGGUUCGGGGUUGGGGCCGCGGGCGACUGCGGCGAUCUCCGCCUCUCCGAGCGCCAUGGAGCCCGAUAUCGAGGAAGAGCUCCUCUGCGUGGAAGCCGAGCUCCAGGACGUCCAAGAUCAAAUCAGAGCAUUACUUGAUCGUCAGGAGAAGCUGUAUGAGAGGCAAUCUGAACUGCAGACUUUGUUGGAUGGAUAUAAAAUUUCUCAAAGCGCAGAGAACAAAGCUGCACCAGUAGCUGUUGAAGAUUGGUCUGGUAGUUUUGAGUGGGAUUCCCGGGCUGACGAUACUAGAUUCAACAUUUUUGGCAUCUCCUCCUUUCGAGCAAAUCAGAGAGAAAUCAUAAAUGCUGUUAUGAGUGGAAGAGAUGUUUUGGUUAUAAUGGCUGCAGGUGGCGGUAAGAGCCUCUGCUACCAACUUCCUGCUAUACUUCGUGAUGGAGUCGCCCUUGUUGUUAGUCCUUUGCUUUCUCUCAUUCAGGAUCAGGUUAUGGGACUGACAGCUUUGGGCAUUCCGGCUUACAUGCUGACCUCAACUACCAGUAAGGAAGACGAAAAGUAUAUAUACAAAGCCCUUGAUAAAGGUGAAGGAGCACUUACGAUAUUAUAUGUGACUCCCGAAAAGAUAUCAAAAAGCAAGAGGUUCAUGUCUAAACUUGAAAAGUGCCACCAUGGUGGGCGUCUUUCUCUUGUAGCAAUAGACGAGGCACACUGUUGUAGUCAAUGGGGCCACGAUUUUCGUCCUGACUAUAAGAAUCUUGGUAUUUUGAAGAUUCAAUUUCCUAAUAUUCCUAUGAUAGCUUUAACUGCAACUGCUACGUACAAAGUCCAAACUGAUUUGAUGGAAAUGCUUCAUAUUCCCAAAUGUGUUAAGUUUGUUAGCACAGUGAACAGGCCUAAUCUCUUUUACAAAGUGCUUGACAAGUCAUCAGUUGGAAAAGUUGUGAUUGAUGAAAUUGCAGACUAUAUACGAGGAUCGUGCUCAAACAAUGAAUCUGGAAUUGUGUAUUGUUUUUCGAGGAAGGAAUGCGAGCAGGUUAAUGAACUGCUUUCAUUGGUUGCGAAGGAACUGCGUGAUCGUGGAAUUUCAGCAGACUAUUAUCAUGCAGAUAUGGACGUGGUUGCUCGUGGGAAGGUUCAUCUGCGCUGGAGCAAAAACAAGUUGCAGGUUAUUGUUGGUACGGUUGCAUUUGGAAUGGGAAUCAAUAAACCAGAUGUCAGGUUUGUCAUUCAUCAUAGCCUCAGUAAGUCAAUGGAGACAUACUAUCAGGAAAGUGGUCGAGCUGGGAGAGAUGGACUUCCUUCAGAAUGUAUAUUGUAUUUUAGACCUGGUGAUAUUCCACGUCAGAGUUCAAUGGUCUUCUAUGAGAACUGCGGGUUGCAAAAUUUAUAUGAUAUUGUGCGUUAUUGUCAGUCCAAUAGAAAAUGCCGUCGAAGUGCUUUCUUUCAGCAUUUUGGGGAGGCUAUGCAGGACUGCAAUGGGAUGUGUGACAACUGUGCUUACGGAACCGAGAUUAAGGAAGUGGAUGCUACUUAUCAUGCAAAAAUCAUCGCCUCGUUGUUACACGAUAUGCAAUCGAAUGACCAGAGAGCAACAAUGUUGCAACUAGUCGACAGGUUUAGAGCAAAGAUAAAGGCUUCAGCAGGCGCUUCAAAUACCCCAGCUUCUGAUCUUAAGAAAGAGGAAGUUGAACAGUUGAUCAUUCUACUCAUAUUGGACCGUGUUUUGAAAGAAGAAUUCCAACAUACAGCCUAUGCUACCAACGCUUAUGUUACACUAGGGCCAUUGUGGAAGCAAGCAUUACAAGGAAAAAAAGCAGUUAAGCUUGAGAUUACCAUUGGUCAGCGUGGUAAUAAAGGUGGUAGUCCAAAAGGUGCUAAUAAACGAACCAGGACAUCUGGACUGGAGACUAAACUCGAUGAGCUGCGGAUAGAGCUCUCUUCCAGCCAUGGGGGAAUAUUCCCUCAUGCCGUUUUAUCUAUGCAACAGAUUAAUAUGCUGGGCCACCAAAAACCAACUUCCAUAGAAGAGCUAGAGAAGCUCAUCGGGAAAGUCAAGGCAGAGAAGUAUGGCAACAGAAUUAUUGAGAUAAUCCAGCCAUAUGUUACUCUAGAGAAUCCAGAUGUUAUGGAGCAGGAUUUACGUAAAGCCAGUGAAAAUGGAGGGAAUAAGAGGCUAAAAAAGAAGGAUAAAAAUCUUGUCUAUGUUGAGAGCAGUGAAGACGAAUAGGGGAGUUGGAAGGAAGGCACAUAAAAGCCGGCUUUUGUUGAGUUUUAAGUGAAACAUUUCUUUCGUACAAGUGGAUUGGUCCGCUUUGGUUUUUCCAAGUCUUUAAGGUAUUUUGGCAAGUUUGGAGUAUGAACAUGAUGGGUAGUGGUUGCAAAGAAAGCUGAACUUUGUCGCUUUUUAAUCGAGAUGUUUGAAGAGAAAAUGACCAAACCAUUGAUCUCUACAGCACCAACGAGGACAAAACAGCUAGAGUACCAGACAUGGUAUGACUGUCUCUGGCCCAUGAAUCUAUGAUACAUCUACCGCAUCAGAAAGCAGAACAUGGACUUAACAUUUACACUGAUAUAAUGUUUAACCUGCAAAUAGUGGAUUAUAUUUUCAUGUAAAUCUUAAAUUAUUAAUCCUUUUUCAAACUACUAAACACGAUGAACGUAGCUGCAUCAUCAAGUUGGCAUGUGUCCCCUAGACCUUAAGAUCUAUUAUAUCUUUCUCAAACUGUCUCUGCAUCAUUGGCGGUGGCAUGUGUCCUUUAGGCCUUAAGAGCUGUACCAUCUGUCUCAAAUAGCGGUGAAUCUUUCUACAUAAUCGGAGUUAUACUCGUUCCUUGCUAUGGAGCCCAUUAACCAUUUUUGUUCUACAAGACUGCAGAUGUACUUGCUUUAAGAUUCUAUAUGUAUAAAUGUUCAAUGUCAUGUUGGAAAAUCCCAAAUGAGAAUCAUCAAGGACCAUCGGUGACAACAAUUUUUAUUUCAUGCAUAA